AUGACCCAAAACAAAGACUGGAGCGCAUCGCAAUACCUCAAAUUCGAAAAUGAGCGCACACAGCCCGCCCGCGAUCUCCUCGCCCACAUCCCCCUCGCAUCCCCCAAAAGGAUCAUCGACCUGGGCUGCGGCCCCGCCAACUCAACAACAGUCUUGGCAACACGCUACCCGAGCGCAACAAUAACGGGCCUCGACUCAUCCGUCGACAUGAUCCAGCGCGCCAAGAAAGUCCUCCCAGACGUGGAAUUCCACGUCGCCGAUCUAAACACAUACACAACAGCCGAGCCAGUCGAUCUCUUCUUCUCAAACGCCGUAUUCCAGUGGCUAAAAGCCGACGACCGCGUUGCGGUCAUCAAGCGACUGCUAGAGCCGCAGGCGCAGGGGUCUGUAUUCGCUCUCCAAGUCCCGCACAAUCUGAACGAGCCUUCGCACGUGCUCAUGGGCGAGACGGCUGCGUCUGGACCGUGGGCUGAGAGGCUGGCGGCUGUGCAGAGGGAUGGGUUUCAGUCGCCGCAGGAGCUGUAUGAUCUGGUGAAGCCGUUUUGUAGGGAGGUGUCUGUUUUUGAGACGAGUUAUUAUCACUCGCUGGAGAGUCAUGAGGCGGUUAUCGAGUGGGUUAAGGGGACGGGGUUGAGGCCGUUUUUGGAUCCGCUGGGGGAAGGGGAGAAGGAGGCUUUUUUGAAGGAUUAUUUGAGAAGAUUACAGGAGGCUUAUCCGGUUUCUGUUGAUGGGAGGGUUUUGUUGAAAUAUCCGAGGUUGUUUAUGGUUGCUGUGAAGUGA